AUGACGACCACCAACAAUUCCCCCCUCUACACAGCAAUCCGCACCACCGCCCUCGCCUACAUAACCUCCUUCACAACCGCCCGCACCCAAAACAACGCCACCCUCCUCAACACCGUCUGCGCCCCCGACUGCAAACGCUUCUACUCGCCCAUCUCGCUACAAUCCCUGCUCCCGCCUUCCUUCUCCGCCGGCGAAUCCAACACCCACUACGCCAUCCGCAUGCAAGUCGAACUCGACACAACCUCCCAAUCCCGCGAGACCGACAUCCGGCAGGUCGUGGUGGAUGAGGGGCAGAGGAAGGCGGUUGUCAAUGCGGUGUUGUGGAAUAAAAGUGUGAAAACCGGGAGGGAGUAUGCGUUUGAGUUUGCGUUUUUCUUUGAUUUGGAUGGGGAGGGGAGGCUGGUGGAGAGGGUGCAGGUUUUUGCAGAUCCGGGCAUGGCGAAGAGGUUUUUUGAGGGGAAUGAAGAGGUGGGGGAGAGUGUGAAGGAUUGA